UGGAGAAGGGCGCGAGAUAGAAAUCCGGGAGCGCGGACAUCUAGGGGACUCCGCUCCAGCUGGUUUCAAGCUGCAACGUUACCAUUCAACAACAGCGGCCACCACCACUGGCCUCCUCAGAAAGACAAUAAACACGCGGAAUACAAGGACAUAAUACCAAAUAUACACGCACAUGACGAGCAGGGGCAGCAGUAUAUAUCGCCGUCUGACCGUAAACAACAGAAACAGAGGGAAAUGUCUUGGUGGCCGCGCGGUGAGGAUGGGGAGGAGGCCAUGCAUCCAGACACCGAUUCUGAUGUGGCAGAGCAGAGAGACGGUGGGAAAGUGAAGGUGAAAUGGACACAAGAGGAGGAUGACAAGCUCAAGGCCCUGGUUCAAAAACUGGGACCAAAUGAUUGGAAAUAUAUUGCCACCUACAUACCAAAUCACACUGAGCACCAGUGCCAGCACCGCUGGUUUAAGAUCUUGGAUCCAGAGCUGGUUAAAGGCCCUUGGACCAAAGAGGAGGAUGAGAAGGUUAUAGAGCUUGUUAAUCUCUACGGCAACAAACAGUGGGCAAUGGUAGCGAAGCAUCUGAAGGGCAGACUGGGGAAGCAGUGUAGAGAGCGUUGGCACAACCACCUCAAUCCAAAUGUGAAAAAGUCAUCAUGGACAGCAGAGGAGGACCUCAUCAUCUACAAGGCUCACUGUCUGCUCGGAAACCGCUGGGCUGAGAUCGCCAAGCUGCUCCCUGGAAGAACGGAUAAUGCAGUGAAGAAUCACUGGAAUUCAACCAUCAAACGGAAAUUAGAGAUGGGCUUCUAUGCUGGGGAGGUCUUCAGGCCAAAUGAACUUGAAGAGCUGUUGGCCCGUGUUAAUAAAGAUGUGCAGAUGCCCAGUUGCUCACAGGAUGGUGCAGAAAAAGAUCCAGAGCAGAAAACGCAUCCCUCAUUGCAGGAGAUGCCUGUCUCGGCCUCAGUUCAAGCCGGCCCCAGCAAGGCAGGGCCAUCAAAGUCUUCGUCCUCUCCAAAGGACAGUCUAAGCCCCAAGACUGAAGCAGACACCUCAGGAGAAAUGAGCGUUACCAACUGGGUGGUGGACAGCUCCGGCUUUCUCUCCCCUACUGGCCCAGCACUGAAGGAAGUACUGGACAUGGUGGAUGGGGAUCUUGAUGGCUGGUGCAACCUAGCUGCCUUCGACCUGCCUGAGGACAGCCCGAGCCCAGAGCGCCACCAGUUUCGUUUGGAGGGCAGCGCCUUGCAGGAGUUAAGCAAAGGCCACAAGGGAGAGCUCAUCCCUAUCUCUCCUGGAGGGGUCACUCCGCCCUCCAUACUGAACCGCCGGAGUCGGAGACGCAUCGCCUUGUCUCCGGAUGCCAAUAAUUCCAUGACUCCCAAGAGCACUCCUGUCAAGAUCUUGCCCUUUUCUCCAUCGCAAUUCCUCAACAUGUGGACCAAGCAGGAUACUCAUGACCUGGAGAACCCGUCUCUCACAUCCACGCCAGUGUGCAGCCAGAAAGCCAUUGUUACUACACCACUACAGCGUGACAAGACCCCCCUCACCAAGAAGGAAAAUUCAGUAUUUGUUACACCCAACCACAAGUCUGACCUCUGUACGACCCCACGAACUCCAACACCGUUCAAAAAUGCCAUGGAGAAGUACGGGCCUCUGCAGCCUCUGCCUCAGACUCCGAACCUUGAAGAUGACAUAAAUGAGGUCAUCUUAAGAGACUCUGGGAUUGAUCUGAUCGUUGUACGUUCACCUCCGCCUGAGCAAAGACGCAAAACAAUGCAUCGGCCUCCGAUGAAGAAAGUACGGAAGUCAUUGGCCUUAGAUGUCGCAGCCUGCCCGGUGACACCUACAUCCAAACGCAAAUCCAUCAAAAUUGAAGCCAAACACACCAUCAAGGAAGAGCCGGUACUAGUUUCUCUCAGCUCCUCCUCAUUCUGCAGUAAGCGGCAUGAGAAUAUUUUGGAUCAGGGCUUCCUUCUGGGACCUAGUGAUAGUGCCAUAUUUCCCAGCACAGCGCCUCCAGUUCCAAUGUCAAAAGAGUGGGAGACAGUUGUUUGUGGACAGACUAAAGACCAGCUCAUAAUGACGGAGAAAGCAAGACGCUACCUGCGCUCACUAAAAUCCCACGCUCCCAACCGUGCCCUGAUUCUGUCCUGAGACAUGUCUCAUCUUUACACCAUGUUACUUGUGCAGAACUUAAUGUUGCUCUUUCCCCCCUGUAGUUUUUGCUGUUGUAAUAUGUGAUGGAGAAAAGGAACAUGUCGUGCAGGUUUAGUACGGUUUUUGAACAAGUCAUUGCCAAUUAAAACACUGACAAUAUGGUGCUUUUAGACUUAGUUUCAUUCCAGUUGCCUUGUGCAAGGCUUGAGAAAGAAGUUCUGAAUCACAUGUCAGUAUAUUGUGACUUAAACAUGAAAAGAACAAUGAAUGUAAAAUUAAAAUAUCACGGCUUUAUACUUUUGCUAUCACUGAAAAGGCAUGGUUUUACAUUGCAUAAUGUGUCUGUAAUUUAACAUUUUUUAAAGUUGUGAGGAGUCCAAAGACUCAGGUUGCACCUCCAUAUCUUAAAUUCUGAUGUAUAACUUGAAUACGGAGUAAAUUCAUAGGUUGAUCAGUCAUGCAUUUAGAGACAAGGGGUCCAUGUUGAAAAUGUAACAUUGUGUUGUUGAAAGAUCAGUUUAGCAUGUGUCUAGAUUUAAAAGUGAAGACCUCGGGGGGAAUUAGAUGUCUGCUGAAAAAGUGAUAGUGACUGCAGCGCACAUCAGUAAUCCAUCAAGGUGAUUUAUUGAGAUCCAACCAAGUACUGAGAAGUGCUUUGGGAAGGUUUGUUACUGUAUCCAUGUAGUUGUGAUGUCAGAGGCAUGGGUGCUUUACCACCGUUGAUGGCAAGAGUAUUAUGUGAUUGUCACUGUUUGUAAAUAUGUAGUGUUGUAUGUUUUUACUUCAUCAUACAGCAUUUUGUUAAAAAUUUAAUAAAAUACCAGUA